AUGCAUGUCACCGCGACUCCGUCACCCCUGGUGGCGCCCCCUCGGGGGCUCCCACCGGGGCUGUGCUUCCGUGGGCACCAGAGUGUGACACUGCGCACAUGGACACGUCCCCGUCGCACCCCCCUUCAUCGAUCGGCUGCGAUUACCGCCGUUCAGGAGUCUGCAGCCCCCUCCCUGGUGGUGCCGUCAAACGAGGAGCUCGGUCUGGAUAAGACGGAGUCGGAACUGUAUGCCGAGUUCGACGCCCUGCUGGAUGCCAACACCCUCUCGUUCAAGUCUGGCGAGAAGGUGAAGGGCCACAUCAUUCAGGUUGACCAGAAGGGUGCCCAUGUGGACGUCGGCGGGAAGUCUGCAGCCUUCGUGCCCAAUGUCGAGAUGGCGUUGGGCCUCGUCCCACGGUCCAACGACCUGCUGGAUGCCGGCACGUCCCGCGAGUUUGUGAUUGUGCGGCAGGACCACCGCGGCGACAUCAUCCUGUCGCUCAAGCGAAUACAGCUAUCGGUCGCCUGGCAGCGCCUGCGCCAGAUCGCGGAGUCCGACGCCGCGGUGACGGGCGUGGUGGCCGCCACCAACCGCGGGGGGCUGCUGGUGGACGUGGAGGGCGUGCGCGGCUUCAACCCCUCCUCCCAAAUAGGCAUUGUGCGUCGCACGACCAACUGGGAGGAGCUGAUCGGCCGGCACCUGCAGUUCAAGAUCCUGGAGGUGGACGAGGAGACGGGGCGGCUGAUGCUGUCCCACCGCCGCGUCAUGAACGAGGAGCGGCUGGAGACAUUCAAGGCCGGGGACGUGGUGGAGGGACGUGUGAUGAGCGUGAAGCCCUACGGCGCCUUCAUCGACUUGGGCGGCGGCUCCUCCGGCCUCCUCCACAUCUCCCAGAUCUCCUCUGCCCGCAUCACGGCCGUGGACCGCGUGCUGAGCCCCGACGACCGCAUCAAGGUGCUGGUGUUGUCCCAGGACCGGGACAAGGGCCGCAUCUCCCUCUGCACCAAGAAGCUGGAGCCGGCGCCGGGGGACAUGCUCAAGGACCCUGGCCUGGUCUACGAGCGCGCGGAGGAGAUGGCCGCGCAGUACCGCGCGCAGAUCGCGGCGGCGGAGGCUGCCGCGCGCGCCUCCGCUGAGCAGCUGGACCUGGAGGUGCUGGCGGCCGGCGCGGGCGAGGCCUCGCCUUCGGGCCUCUACUGA